CCUGCCUGUGUUGUGUCGUGCUGGUGGGUGGCACUUGCCGGCUGUGUUUGUGUGAAAAUGACAUAUGCUCGUGUGUUUCUGUCUGUUUUAUUCUUAUGGAGGUCAUGCUGCGCGCUCGGGGCGGAGGUUUCCCUGUGGAAUGUAGAUGUUUCCACGCAAAAAGAAAUUGUGCUUCGCAAGACCUUGUAUGCCAACACCACAAUCUUCAUUAAAUUUCAGGGACAUGUGGCGGCAUGUGAAGAGAAGAAAAUGGCCUUUAGUGUGAGCUGGUACCUGCGUUCCUCCAUCUGCUAUAAUGAAGUCUUCAACACCCCAGAUAAUACAGCUUUGACCAUGUUUGGAAAGCAUCAGAGAGCAAGGGAUGGCUGGCCUGGCUUCUACAGCCAGGGCUACAUCUAUUUUGAAAACUGCUCAUCUCUGUUCACACCAAAGGUUUAUUAUAAAGAGUUUCAGCCAAUUCUUCCUCUCGUCAGUUCAACAUCUCAAGAGGACAAAGCCACAAACCAAACAGGAAAUGUGUGGGAUAGCAAACCGGAUGUUGGAGCAGUUGCUCAGUCAUGGUCGAACAGCCCCUACAUGUUUAUUCUGAAAUUUCAACAAGAACCGCAACCUGAUGCCAGUAGAGGGCGUAGAGAGGCAGAGGACAAGAACGUAUCCAGUGAUUUAGACAACCGUUUAUCAAUUACAAUGACUGUAGAAAUGAAGCGUCAUAAUGACUAUUCCUCACCUGCUGAUUGGCCUCUAAUGACUUUCUUCAUGGUCAUGUGCAUCGUGUACGUGCUGUUUGGUGCUCUGUGGCUCCUCUGGCUGAUCUGUUAUUGGAGAGACCUCCUCAGGAUCCAGUUCUGGAUCGGUGCUGUCAUCAUCCUGGGCAUGCUGGAGAAAGCUGUCUUCUACUCUGAGUACCAGAGCAUCCGAUACCAAGGAGACUAUGACCAAAAUGCUGUUAUCUUUGCUGAGCUGCUGUCUGCACUGAAGAGAUCCCUGGCUCGAAUAUUGGUGAUCAUAGUCAGUCUGGGCUAUGGCAUUGUCAGACCAAGGCUGGGGACUACAGUGCCCAGGCUGGUGGCGGUAGGCCUGCUGUAUCUCAUCUUCUCCUCUGUAGAGGGGGUUCUCAGGGUAACAGGGGGUUUCUAUGGCACUGUGGCUCUCGUCGCUAAUCUCAGUCUCUCUCUUAUUGAUUCCUGCGUCAUGUGGUAUAUUUUCAUCAGUUUGUCUCAGACUACUCGCCUUCUGAAGCUUCGCAGAAAUGUGGUGAAGCUCUCCUUAUAUCAGCACUUUACCAACACCCUCAUAUUCUCUGUGCUGGCAUCUAUCAUUUUCAUCGUAUGGACCACCAAGCAGUUCAAGAUUGUGGAGUGUCAGAGAGCUUGGAGAGAACUGUGGGUGGAUGAUGCUUUCUGGAGGUUGCUGUUCUCCACCAUCUUGCUGGUGAUUAUGGUGCUACUGCGGCCCUCUGUCAAUAGCCAAAGAUUUUCCCAUUCGCCCCUUAUUGAUGAGGAAGAUGAUGAGGAUGAUGAAGCGAAGGAACCUAUGCUUAAUGAAGCAUUUGAGGGAAUGAAAAUGAGAGGAGCAAAGUCAGACACACACGCAAGUCAAAAACUACUCGGCAAAGAGAGCUCCCAAGAUGAUGACCUGAAAUGGGUGGAAGAUAACAUUCCUACAACUGUAGUCGAUGUAGCUUUGCCUGUGGUGUUGGAUGACGAAGAGGAAAUUCUAAACACCAGGAUGGAGAGAUCCAAAAUGGAGUAGGCUUCAUGCAGGUGCAUAAAAGCAAGAUAUUUAUUCCUCCAGUUCAGCUGAGAACUUAUAAAGUGAUGAUAAAUGUCACUCAGUUGAAACCCUUGGUUGGAGUACUGUGUUUUCAUUUGAGACAGUUUCUGGUCUGGGGCAAAAUGUGGAAAUAUGUCUCAGGCUAAAUGUGAAAUCUGUCAAUCUUCUUUGCCAUUUCUUAUUGUUUUUGUUGGGUAUUUUGCUGGGAUUCUAUUUGUGCAACUUUUCUUAUUUAAGUAUUUUUGUGCUUUCUUUAAGCAUGUGGACAGAUUUAAUUUUGACUCAAUACCAUCCAAACCUUUUUAAUAACCUAAUCAGUACUUAUACCUUAAUGUCAUUACCAGUUCCUAAACAAUACUUUUUCCAAUAUCUUGUUUCAAAUUACAAACAGAAAGUGGAUGUGGCUUAAAACUGCAAGAAUGUACAAACAGAUUGUAUGUUAGACAAUCUGCAGUUAUAUUUGGUAACAUGUGGACUAAUUGGUUCAGUGCUGUUGAUUACAUUCGCUUCUUAGGUAUUCAAGUUUGGCAUUGCCAAUACUCUCUCAAGUAUUGAUAUUGUUCAGUCCGUGCCAUGAAAGUAUCUAACUACGAUAACCAAUCCUAGGUUUGACUUUUCAUCUUUUUUAUGCCUGAUUAGAAGGCAGAUUGCAUAACAUUUCAACACUGGCUAUGGGUGUCUACAGUUGGGUUCAAUUAUUUUGGGAAAGAAUUUGACACAGCUUGUCUUUUUUGUGUAUAAGAUCACUUGAAAUUACACAUUUAUUAAGCAUUUAAUUAUAUGCAUAUAUUUAUGUUUUAAAGUUAAUCAUUCUUACAUAAAAGAUUUGUGGAAAGAUAUAUUUUUUGUACAUCAAAUGCUUGUUAGCUUGUUUCUUUUUUAAUUGCCUUAGCUUUACUGGUGACAUGGGAAGGGGGUGUUGUGUUUGUCUCUGUUGAGGUUUGGCUGAAAAAUAAUAAAAUUUACUUUGACUUUUUAA